GGCGUGUCCUGCCUCAGCCCCUCCCCCUUCCAGCCUGCUCUCCCAACCUUCGCUUAGGAGGCCGUAGAAGCGAGUUGGGGGGUGUGGAGAGAGGAGCGUUUAAGCCUCGGCGCAGCUAAAGGCAGAGUUCCAGCGGGCGGCGGCGAGUCCUCUGGCCGCAGGGGAGGGGAUUCCUCGGGAAGGCUGCUGGCGAAGGCUCUGCGGGGCAUCCUUCCCGCCUGGGCUGGGUGGCUAAAGGGGUACUCUCUCGCGCGCGCAAACCACAUCCCCCCGUGCGCGGCGUGCGCAUCGUCGGGGCGCAUCCCCCGCUUGCUUCCUGCGCGGCUGCACGAUGCUGAAAAGCUGCGGGAAGAAGCUGCUGCUCUCGCUGGUGGGCUCCAUGCUGACCUGCUUCCUGGUGCUGGUGGUGGACCAGCAGAAGCGGCAGGUGCUCCGCUGGCACGGCGUGGGCGCCGCCAGCGCGCUGCUCCAGCCCUUCGGGGGCGCUUCUCCCCGCCAGAGCUUGCUCGGGCAGCUGCCGGGAGGAGGGGAGGGCGGGGAAGCCGCGGCGGCGGCGGCAGCGGGGCAGAGCCCUCCCGAAGGCAAGAGCUUCAGCGACUACUUCGCGAGGCUGAGCCGGGCGAAGAGGGAAGUGCGGCCGUCCGGCGGCGGCAUCGAGGAGGGGAAGCCGGAGAGGCCGCCGCUGGAGGCGAUUUCGCCCCGGGAUGUCUUCAUCGCCGUGAAGACGACCAAGAAGUUUCACAAGUCGCGGAUGGAGCUGCUGCUGGAAACCUGGAUCUCCCGCAACAAGGACAUGACGUUCAUCUUCACAGAUGGUGAGGACGAAGAGCUGAAGAAGAAAACAGGAAAUGUCAUCAACACCAACUGCUCUGCCGCCCACAGCCGCCAAGCCCUGUCCUGCAAGAUGGCCGUGGAAUACGACAAAUUCAUCGAGUCGGGAAGGAAGUGGUUCUGCCAUGUGGACGACGACAACUACGUCAACAUGAGGACGCUGGUGAAACUCCUCUCCAGUUACCCCCACACGCAAGACAUCUACAUAGGGAAACCCAGCCUGGACAGGCCCAUCCAGGCCACCGAAAGGAUCAGCGAGAACAAGAUGCAUCCUGUCCACUUCUGGUUUGCGACUGGUGGUGCUGGAUUCUGCAUCAGUCGUGGGCUGGCUCUGAAGAUGAGCCCUUGGGCUAGUGGUGGGCACUUCAUGAGCACCGCAGAAAAGAUCCGUCUGCCAGACGACUGCACGAUUGGGUACAUCAUAGAGUCCGUGCUGGGAGUGAAACUCAUCCGGAGUAACCUCUUCCAUUCGCAUCUGGAGAACCUCCACCAAGUACCAAAGUCAGAGAUUCACAAACAGGUGACUUUGAGCUAUGGGAUGUUUGAGAACAAGAGGAAUUCUAUCCAUAUGAAGGGCGCUUUUUCUGUGGAAGAGGACCCAUCCAGGUUCCGCUCCGUCCACUGCCUUCUCUACCCUGACACUCCCGGCUGCCCGCGGAAUGUCGUCUUCUAAGAGCCAAGGCGCCCCCUUCUUAAUCCUGUCCCGAGUUUCCCCGGUAUCCGAAGGGCUCGUGGGACCUGCGUGUCUGCAUGCGUGUGUUUCUUCCUUUGCUGUGAAGCGAUGGUUUCUUAAUUACUGUGGUUAAUUCACAGUGUCUGUGUGUCCGUAGGCUGCUGUGCGGCCUCUUCUGCUCCCCUCUGCCCCUUCUCCCUUUCGGCUUGCGGAAGUGAACCCGUUUCCCCCGGUGCUCCUCUGCCACUUGCCCCUUUUGAUGGGGCAGGGGUUAGGCAAGUGGGGAGAAGCUACUCCCAAGUCCUUGCCUCUUUGGCGAAUGGUUCUGGCUGGGUUUGGGUGGGGUUUGGGUGGUGUCAUGGACCUCCCCACCAGCAACCAGCCUGGGCACUGUGGAUUUUGCUUUGCAGUGUCUGUUCCUUUUCUGCAAAUGCCUUUUACAUCUUUUGAUCUCCCCACCAUUUAUUAUUUUUUUAAAGCAGUGUUAGGUAGAAAAAGCUAAGGGUAGUGUAUUGACCCGAAUUGAAGACAACUUUAAAUUUCAGAUGACCCAAACAAAAUACAGGUUAAAUGUAGGUCAUACCUGUAUUGAUCCAAAAGGAAGAGGACUCUGAAUUCAAGACAACCCCCUGAUUUCUAACUUCAGAGAACUUGGGGGAAAUUUAGUCUUUGGAUUCAGGUAAAUACAGUCUAAUCGAGCCCAAAUUAAGCACAUUUAAACAAAGUCCUGUUGGCUUCAGUGGGCAGCACUAAAGAUGUGCUUAACUGAUGCCCGUUCAGGGGUGUAGCUAUAACUGAACAGAGGUGGCGCAAAUGUCUCCAGGCCCCUGAGGGAUGGGGGCCCCACCAGUUGAGUGGCAGCUUCGUCUUUGCUCUCCCCCUUGAAGGUGGAUGGGGCAGGGGCCCAUAUUCACUCUUUAUCCCACUCUAUCAACCUUGCUACACCUCUGUGCCCAUUGCAGGUGACCGGAUGCAAAAGUGCUUUCUUUCUGGUUUUUGCCUAGACUUUUUCUUCUCUUUUAGGUCACUUUUCCCAAAUUCAAGCCCUGCAUUUCCCUGCUUUCUCCCUGUUUGUUAGACUCCGGAUAACUUUUCAGAUGAAGGUUUACAUACUAAAAUUUAUAUUUUUGAAUAGUAGCUUAAAAAAAAAAAUCCACAAAGAUGUAUGUGUGUACAUAUUUUAAAUGCCUUUGGAAAGUCCUCUCGGACUUCCUUCGACUUCCUCCUCAAAUGUUGCAUUCAGAGCUGGUCUCUCGGGUUCUCGGCUUUUGUUGUUGGCAGACAAAUUGUGGCAGGGGAAGCCCCAAACUGGAUACAGGCUCUUGCAUUUCUCACCUCCUUGCCCUAAGUAUUUCCAGAAUAAGUGAGAUCGUGUAGAUAGAAAAAUGCCAGGCAUUUCUAAACGUUUUGGUGUGGAUGCAUUUUGCAGGCGUACACAGGCAGACCUCACUAUGCGCGUGGGUGGGUUAGGUCCCCUAAAGCCGUCAAUAACAAAGCAUGUGUAAAUGGGAAUUUGGAAGUUCCGGAGUCUCCGAAAAUGGCCUGUUCAAAUUCAGCACUUUAGAGGCAUCACAGCAGCAGAGACAGGUCCGGUCAGCACACACAGAGGAGUUCCCUCACUCUACUGCUGGUGUUGGCAGCACUCCAUCCAGUCUCCUAAGGUGGCAAAACAAAAAUAAGGGCCAUCGUGGCAGGGGAUGAUGGGAGUUGUAGUCAGACAGCCGCUGGCGAACCAAGUUUGGGAGCGCUUGACAUAAUGGAUAGUCAAGCUGCAUCAAUUAACUUGUCUUCCAUCGGUGCAACAGCUCUGCGCAUAUAUUUAUCUUCUCCGAGGAGGAAAAGGUCAGAGGUGGGCUGUUGCUGAACUACAACUCCCAUCAUCCCCUGCUACAAUAAGUGGGUGGGCAUUGUAGUUCAGCAGGGGGCGGGCCAAGCUUGCCCACCCCGACUAGAUGGCCUCAAACAGGCUGCUUGUCAUCUCUCCUGGUUUCCCCAAAAACUCUUGCCCCGUUCUAGGCAACUGCAGCUAUAACCCAGGUGGCCUAAUGCUGUAGGCGAAAGCGUAUGCAGGUUUCUACCUGGCGUUGUGCGUACCUUCCUAGGUUUCAUGAUGCAACUUCCACACCACCAAUCCUACCUAGGCAUCUGUCGGUAUUUGGGGAUAGGCUAUAGCUGUUACAAGAACCCAGUUUACAGGUUCUCUGGACAGGGGCACGACAGUAUUAGGACACCAGACUCCCAAGGAGAGAAAGCCUUUGGCUAGGGCGGACUCUGGAGACCCCAUCUCCUCUACCAGGCAGAGGUUUAAAAAAAUAAUAAUACAGCUACCGAGAGAGAGAGACCGACCCCUUUUUGGAGAAUGCCACUCUUGCUAAAGGGAGUAGCAUUACUCUGCAAUCUGGUAGUUAUGCUCCUACCAAGGAAGGCUCACUGAAUGGUAGCCGUUGCCUUUUGACCGCCUCCAAUGGGGUUGAUUUUCAUUGCAUCAGGCUGUGAAUCGGUGUCAGUGGCGCUAGUCCAUAUGAAGCACAAGCUAGCUUUCAUCAUAUUUUAAAUUUUGUAAUGUUCCCUUUCCCUCCUCGGCUCAAAUUACUUUUGAGUUUAAUAGAGAGAGAGAGAGAAAUAGGAACCCACCUGUUCCAUACAUUAUUGCUGUGAUCUGGGCUUCGGCCUUUUAGAGAGGGGGGAUCGCAGGCUCAAAAUAAUGGGGUUGGGGAGGAUGGUGGAUCUGAAGAGUUGACUUGCACAGUGGCUUACAUAGGAAGCUGCCAUAUACUUAGUCAGACCAUUGGUCUAUCUAGCUCAGUAUUGUCUACACAGACUGGCAGCGACUUCUCCAAGGUUGCAGGCAGGACUCUCUCUCUCAACCCUAUUUUGGAGAAGCCAGGGAGGGAAUUUGGAACUUUCUGCUUUUCCCAGAGCGGCUCCAUCCCUUGAGGGGAAUAUCUUCCAGUGCUCACACUUCUAGGCUCCCCUUCAUAUGCAACCAGGGCAGACCCUGCUUAGCUAAGGGAACAAGUCAUGCAUGCUACCACAAGACCAGCUCUCCUCUACAUACCUCUUCUGCUGAAAGUAUGGUUAGGUGCUAGACCAGGAUUAGAAUUGAAAAGGGAAAUCAGUCCUUUUUGGCAACGGAUGGUUUUGCCCCAUAGACUGGUCUCCCCCCCACCCCCCCAUUGCACGCUUUCUCUCCUGGAUUCUGUUACUAAGUCUGUGGGCAAAGAAAGCAGAGACCCUCCAUUCCAAAUGGAAAAGAAAAUGGCCCAUAGUGGGUGGUACUUGUAAAUAUAUAAUCGCAACAGUAUUAUUUACUGUGCUCUGUGUUGGCUAAAACUGAGAACCUGUGUAGCUCGGUCCAGUGUGGGAUUUCUUUUUGUGUUGCUUUUUUUCUGUGGAUCAGAAAAAGAAAAAGGAAAAAAAAGCUAUAAAGGUCUGCUUUUUAAAGAAUGAAAUGGAACCUUAAUUUAUAGUGUCCCAGUAUCUGGGAUGUUGUGUGGUUCUUUUUUUCUUAAGUAGUAUGUGUAUGUGUGUGUUUUUUUAAUUAAAAAAAAAGAGCAAAAGAAAAAAAUAUAAUAAAUGUGUUCUCAGGGAAUUAAACCUGGUUGUUGCCAUGGUAACUCUAUGGUAGCCAUCUUUUCUUUGCUUUCAAUAAAGCAGCUUGUUGGCUGA